CUCUCACAUCCACACUCCUGACACAGUAAAAAGGCACUUCCUUUACUGUGUAGCUCCCAGUGGCUCCUCCCUUCCCUCCCUUGGUGCUGGGAUGGGAGCUCCAGUGCUUAGCUGAGGACCCAGGGUGUCUAGGGGCUCCCGGGCCUGCCCCCUGCCCUGUACCCCCAGCCCGCCCUGCCACUUGUCUCCCUGAGGCUGCUGGGGUUGCAGACCCCCCCUCCGCUGGGCCUGGCCCCAGGGGGCCCCAGGGUGCAGCUGUGGGUGGGGUGUGGCUGAGCUGGGGCGUGGCGCCCCCCAACCCAGCUCCAGAUCAGACCCAGCGUGGAAACAGGGCUGUGGGGUGAAGACGGGCUGUGCCUGGAUCUGGGGGGCCCAGGACGCCCAGAUGGGGGUGCGUUCCUCCAGCCCGCUGGACAGGCAGCAGCAGCAGCACUUCAGGGGCCAGGCAGACACCCUGCUACGGAGUUUCCUGCCCUGCUACCGCGAGCAGCUGGCCGCCUCGGUCCUGCAGCAGAUCUCCAGGGAGCUGGGUCCUCAGGAGCCGGCUGGGUCUCAGCUCCAGAGAAGCAAGAAGCUGCCCCGGGUCCGAGAACACCGGGGAGCCCUGAGCCUGCUGUGGGGUCACCCGCCCCGCUGGCAGCCCGUCUUCUGUGUCCUGCGUGGGGAUGGCCGCCUGGAGUGGUUCGGCUGCAGGGAGGACUCGGAGCGGGGGGCGCCCCCCCUGGGCGCAGUGGCUCUGUCGGGGUUCAGCGCGCUCACCUCCCAGGCUGAGUACCUGCGGCUGCUGAGUGCCUGGGGAGUCCCCCCGCAGGAGGACCCCGGGCCCCCACUGGAGGCGCCCCCCGGCUGCCCCCUGCUCCUCCCGCACCCCUUCCGCCGCCACCUCUGCUUCGCCGCCUCCUCCAGGGAGGCCCAUCGAGAAUGGAGGCUGGCGCUGCGGGGGGGCAUCCGGCUGCGGGGUACAGUCCUGCAGAGGAGCCAAGCCCCGGCGGCGCGAGCCUUCCUGGAGGCCGUGAGGCGGUUCCGGCAGCGCCGCGGACACUUCGGGGAGGACGACGUGACCCUGGGCUCAGAUGCCGAGGUGCUGGCCGCCGUGAUGAUGCGGGAGCUGCUGCCCGCGCUGCGCGCCCGGUUCCGGGGAACCAGCGGCGCCUGGGCCUGGAUGGAGCUCCUGGACGCCGUGCACGCCGCCGUGCUGGCCGGGGUGUCCGCGGGGCUGCGCGCCUUCCAGCCCGAGAAGGACGAGCUGCUCGCGCGCCUGGAGAGAGCGCUGCGCCCCGAUCUGGAGCCGCUGCUGCGCCUGCGCGCAGGCCUGCAGCAGAGGCUGCGCGCGAGGGUCCAGGGCCCCCUGGAGGGCUGUCUGCGCGGGGAGGUGGACGCAGUGCUCCCCCGGGUGGCGCAGACGCUGCUGGACGCGGUGGGGGCCGCACUGGGCGCCGUGCAGACCCUCUUGGAGCAGGAUAUGAGCCGCCUGCGCCGCCACCUCCGACGGAGCCCCUCGGGGGCCAGGCUGCGCCAGGAGGUCUACACCUUCGGGGAGAUGCCCUGGGACCCCCGGCUGCUGCAGACCUGCUUCCAGGACGCCGAGCGCAGCCGGGGGCGCCUGGGGCAGCUGACAGCGCCCUUCGGCUUCUCCGGCACCCGCGGCCUGGUGUUCGGGGCCCAGGACCUCGCGCAGCAGCUCCUGGCGGAUGCGGUGGCCACCUUCCUGCACCUGGCCGACCAGUGUCUCACGGCGGCCCUGGACUGCGCGCAGGCGGUGCGGCAGCUGGAGAAAGUCCAGGGCCGAGUCCUGAAGAAGCUGGAUUCCGACAGCUGCUCAGGGCAGAGGCAGUUCCUGGGGCGCUGGCUUCUCUCCAUCUUCCUGCCCUUCGUGCUGAGCCGGUUGGAGCCCAGCUGCAGAGCCGUGCUGUCAGAGUUUGAGGGGGAGGUUCUGGCGGUGGGCAGCCCGGCCCUGACGGUCGAGGGCAUCUACGAGGACCUGGUGCGGGCCGUUCUGCUGCAGAGGGUCGACCAGGUGCUAGACACAGCCCUGGGCACCAGGGGCAGGCCCUGUGCUCUGGAUGGUGGCUCAGAGGCCCCUCGGGACCAAGCGGGAGCAGACGAGGAACCUGAGGCUUGCUGAGGGCCAGGCUGGUGGCUUCCUCCUUCUAGAACAUUCCAGAGCCGACUCUGCCCACAUCCCUCCUCCAGCUCAUCAGCUCUGACCCAACAAGUGAAAUUUCUAAGCCCAAUCUUCCCACUUCAUGGAAUGCCCCUUAGAUCUGUGACCUUCUUGCUGAUUCCUCACUGCUCUUUACAUAUCGAGGCCCACAUGCUUUGGUUGACCGUGGGGCUAGCAGACUGUCAAGGCUCUGCUGACUGGCUUCAGCUUCACUUGGUGUCAGAUUCCCCAGCCACUUCCUCUGCUUGCCAGAAACACCAGCUGUCCCCGGAGCUUGGCAACUUCCACACAGCUCACGCCAGCCAGCUGCGUCCGGAGCUGCGUCCGGAGGGAUUUCCCUGACUUGGGGGGUGGGGGGGAGCAACCCAGAAGGUGGCUUCCUCCUUUGCUCCCUGGGGUUUCGGGGGACUGGGGGGUCGUCCUUUCCCACUUCCCAGAGACACGCUCUUUUCUGGCUGCGGAGGACUUUCCUCACAGAGACCUCUAGCCCCCCAGUUCCCUCAUCAGCUCCACCCCCCAGUCUGGCAGAAUGUGAAAGGGAAUCCGAGAUGAGGAAAGACAUGGGGGGAACCUUAGGGGGACCCUGAGUGUGAGCUGGCGACCCUGCUGUGACACUCUGGGUUACGGCUGAGGCUCUUUCAGACAGUGAGAGACAAACUGGGGUGCAGGCGCUCAGGCAGCUCCCACAACAAUAAACUUAGAUGUGUGU